UACUUUUUUGAGUUGUGGUUUGCCUUGAGCGAAAAUUUGUGAAAAUGACGAUAUUUAAUAUUUUAAAGGCUGUUAAACCAUCAAAUAUACAACGCCUAAACCUAAAUAAGCUCACAAGUUGUUAUAUGUCCGGUAAUGCCAAGUUUGAUCCCAAAGACCUAUCCAAAAUCAGAAAUAUCGGUAUAUCUGCUCAUAUCGAUUCAGGCAAAACCACAUUAACAGAAAGAAUUUUAUUUUACACUGGCCGAAUCGAAUCAAUGCACGAAGUUAGAGGCAAAGACAAUGUCGGUGCUACGAUGGACUCUAUGGAACUCGAACGUCAGCGAGGCAUCACCAUUCAAUCGGCUGCUACGUAUACAUUAUGGAAAGAUCACAAUAUCAAUAUAAUUGAUACACCAGGGCAUGUGGAUUUCACAGUUGAAGUAGAAAGAGCUCUGAGGGUCUUAGAUGGGGCUGUUUUGGUUUUAUGUGCGGUUGGGGGAGUGCAAAGUCAGUCUUUGACAGUUAACAGGCAAAUGAAAAGAUAUAAUGUACCUUGUAUAGCUUUUAUAAAUAAAUUGGAUAGAAUGGGAGCCAAUCCUAAAAGGGUUUUAUCACAAAUGAGAUCCAAACUGAAUCAUAAUGCAGCAUUCAUACAGCUUCCAAUUGGACUAGAAGGCGAAUGUCAAGGAUUAAUAGACAUCAUCGAACAAAAAGCUAUUUAUUUUGAAGGAAACUACGGCGAAGAGGUGCGUUACGAUGAAAUCCCCCAAAAUUUAAGAAGUGAAACCGAUGAAAAACGCCACGAAUUAAUCGAACACCUUUCUAAUGCAGAUGAAAUUUUGGGCGAAUUAUAUUUAGAAGAAAAAACGAUAACUGAACAAGAUAUUAAGGCUGCUGUCAGAAGAACUUGUUUGAAAAGGACAUUUACUCCAGUGAUGCUUGGAACGGCUCUAAAAAAUAAAGGAGUUCAGCCACUGUUAAAUGCUGUUUUGGACUAUUUGCCAAGUCCCGAUGAAGUUGACAAUUUUGCUUUUAAACAAACAAUUAAUGAAGAUCAAGAGGCAGAAAAAGUUUUGCUAAAACCUGACAGAAGUAAUUCACAUCCAUUUGUUGCGUUGGCUUUUAAAUUGGAGGCAGGUCGUUUUGGUCAGUUGACAUACAUGAGGUGCUAUCAGGGAAUGCUGAAAAAAGGCGAUACAAUUUUUAAUGCUCGUACCCAAAGAAAAGUACGUAUUGCCAGACUAGUACGAAUGCAUUCUAAUCAAAUGGAAGAUGUAAAUGAAGUUUACGCUGGAGAUAUAUUUGCUUUAUUCGGCGUAGAUUGCGCUAGUGGCGACACAUUUGUUACCGAGCCCAAACACAAUAUCUCAUUAGAAUCUAUUUUUGUACCUGAACCAGUAGUAUCAAUGGCCAUUUAUCCAGCUAAUAAUAAAGACAGAGAUAACUUUUCAAAAGCGAUUGCAAGAUUUACUAAAGAAGACCCAACUUUUCAUUUCAAUUUUGAUAGUGACAAUAAGGAAACUAUUGUAUCAGGUAUGGGUGAAUUGCAUUUGGAAAUUUAUGCCCAAAGAAUGGAAAGAGAAUAUAAUUGCCCUGUGGUUCUUGGAAAACCAAAGGUAGCCUUCAGGGAAACUUUAGUCUCUCCAGUUGAAUUUGAUUAUCUACACAAAAAACAGUCUGGAGGUCAAGGGCAGUUUGGUAGAGUCACUGGCCUACUGGAACCUUUACCGCCUCACAAAAACACCAUGUUGGAGUUUGUCGAUGAAACUGUAGGCACAAAUAUACCCAAGCAGUACAUUCCAGGUAUAAGAAAAGGUUUUCUGGCCAUGGCCGAAAAAGGAUUGCUAGCCGGACAAAAAUUAUCUGGCUUGAAAUUCAGAUUGCUGGAUGGUGCACAUCAUAUAGUUGAUUCUAGUGAACUGGCUUUCUUUCAAGCGGCACAAGGAGCUGUCAGAGAUGCAUUUGAACAUGGUCUCUGGCAAAUCCUGGAACCAAUCAUGGCCGUGGAAGUCAACGCUCCGGACGAAUUCCAAGGGGCAGUCAUGGCGCAGCUGAACAAAAGGCACGGCAUCAUCACAGGAGUCGAAGGUAUAGAAGGUUGGUUCACUUUGUACGCAGAAGUGCCUUUAAAUGAAAUGUUUGGCUAUGCGGGAGAGUUGCGGUCCAGCACUCAAGGCAAAGGCGAAUUCACCAUGGAGUACAGCAGGUACAUUCCUUGUUUGCCCGAAGUACAAGAGAAAUUGGUUAUGGAAUAUCAAAAAGUGACAGGGCAGGUGAGCGAGAAGGAUGUUAAAAAGAAGCGAAAUUAGGUAAUUUAUUGAUGAGGAAAUUGAAAGUUUGUUUCAUCAUAGAAGAGACUGAAUUUUGAACUCGCUAAUUUAUUAUUAGAUAAAUGAGUUGUCUAGCAUGUUGAAACUAAACAAUUUAUUUUUGAUUAUUGGUAUUGUAAUUAUUUACUUAUUCAUGAUUGUAACAGCUUAAAAGAUGAGGUUUAUUUACAUUGUGAUAUUUCUUGUAAAACCUAAUUUAUAAACUGUUUUUGUUCACUUGCAUUAUUGUUGUGCAAGUAUUUUGUUUUCUUUUAAUGGCAAUUUAAGUACCAAAUUGUUGUAUACUAUGCAUAAUAAAAAUGUU